CCGGGCGCGGCGCGGCGGGAGAGGCUCGCCGGAGAAGGCAUGUGGCGGCGACCGGCGUGGCAGGUGUUUCACCAGGUUGUGAGACAUGAGUCUGAUACAGUUACCCCACUGGUACUGGAAAGAUCCAUGAAUCGUGUUCAGUUACUGGGUCGGGUUGGACAGGACCCUAUCAUGAGGCAAGUGGAAGGAAAAAAUCCUGUUACCAUAUUUUCUCUUGCAACCAAUGAGAUGUGGCGGACAGGGGAUAGUGAAGUAGGACAGGGAGGUGAUGUCAGUCAGAAGACGACGUGGCACAGGAUCUCUGUCUUCAGGCCAGGCCUCAGGGAUGUUACCUAUCAGUAUGUGAGGAAGGGUUCUCGAAUUUACGUUGAAGGGAAGAUAGACUAUGGUGAAUAUACAGAUAAAAACAAUGUGAGGCGACAGGCCACAACAAUUAUAGCAGAUAAUGUGAUUUUUCUGAGUGAGGGCUCUACGAGAGAUAAGGUGUGAGGUCAUUAGUGCUUGAACCCAGGCCAUUUCAUUCCUUUGGAUUUUCAGUGCUUCAUAGUCACUUAUAUUCCUGUAGUUUCUUUAAUAAAUAAAUAAAAUACUUGUUACCUGUA